AUCAGUUUGGGAUAAAGUAUAAUUUCCAAAAACAUUAUUGUCGUGGAAACUAGGGAGUUGUGGCCUUCAAACUCAAAGUUAUCGAAAUGAGUUAGACAUAUAGUAUGUGAGGUUUAAGGUUAUAUUUUUGUUUUUUUCAAGUAAAUAUAGGAGUUUUGACAUGUACCUAGUCAUUUACUUGGAAGAUUUGCAGUUUUCGUUGUUUGUGUUUACUAAGUGACCCCGCGAAUCUCAAAGUUAGACGAACUAUGGAUAACUUGUGAGUAAAAUUUGUUGAGUUUCGAAAUCUAAAGGUAGUAAACACAUUAUUUAACAUCUUCUCAUCAUGUCGGAAAGUAGCCGAAAGAAAUCCAGUAGUUUUCGAAAAAUAUUUCCAUUUUUUUCUCACAAGUCCAAAGAUAAAUCGAAGGAUGUUCAAACUAUUUCGAAAUUGACUAAUAAUAGUCAAUCUACUAACCAAUAUUACAAUCCUCAAACCAUGAUGUCAAAUCCGAACGAAAAGCGAAACAUUUCUGGUCAAGAUGAUCAAAGCGAUAGAAUUUAUGAAAAUCUCUCCAUUACGACUUAUUCAAGGAAUAACAACCAACGCGAAAUAGAGUCGAAAGAUUCCUCUAGCAGCACACUUGUGUCAGAGAGUGUUAUAUUAAGAAAACACAAUCACGAAUCAGAUUUACCAGCUGCUCAGGAAACUAACAUGAAAAUAUACGUGGCCCGACCACAAGUACCGCCUAAACCUCAAAGCGAAACAUUUACUAUGUAUCCGGGGUCCAACAAUACACAGAGAGAUAUACCGCAGUACCCUGACGUUUAUUAUCAUUCUGUAGAACGACUUAUUGAAAGAAUAUCACCAGUUGAUGAAAUUGAAAUUUAUAAAGCAGCACAAACAAAUCCAGCAUCAGUAGGAGCUGAAAUCAAACGAGUAAGCACAAAAUUUUUAAUAUCACCUAAAAAAGAAGCCGAAGUACGUACAAUACAGCCAAUAAGAGCACGCAGCUUAUCACUUGAUAAGCAUAAGCCUUUUGAAAAUUAUACGAAAAAAAAUUAUAUUGUACAUGAUAACAAGAAAAAGCCAUACCAUUAUUCUGCGCCCACAUCGCCUAUUGCAGUGAAUCACAGACUUCCUAAUAUGCCAUUGACUGUAUCGCCUUAUGAACACGUAAGAAAAAUAAUUAUUGAAGGAGAAGAAGGAAGAAAUUCAGUUAGUAGAUCUAGUACUCGAACAAAAUCAACACCUGCAACGUCGCCUUUUAGAGAUAUUUUAAAGUCGCCUACUCCAAGUACACUUGACAAAGGCAAAACGCGACAAAGAGUUGAAGCGUUUUAUUGGAAAAAGAUUAAAGAAAUGAAAGAAAAAGAAGAUGAAUACAUAAUGAGACAAACUAUGAACACUACUACGCCGAUGUGUAACGCAUCCAAUUCCAUAUCUAACUGCAGUUCACCAAAUUCAUUCGUAUUGGAACACAGAAUAAAUUCCUACCCAUCAAGUACUAAAGAAGCUAGAAAUUUACGUAAUCCGACUAAUUACUAUUCAGCAUCCCCUUUUACAAGAGGUGCUCCUGAACGGCGAACAGAUUCAUUUAUAAGCAAUAAGACUUAUUAUCCAGAAUCUGAUAUCAUCUAUAGACAUCCCCAAAAAGUAACAUCUCCUAUAAGUUUUGGUCAACAUACACCUACGUAUCAGAGAUGUUCUUUAAAUCGGGAAAACCGAGGGUUUGGUAAUCAAUAUUCAAAACGGGUGAGUUUUGAUAAUCGAUCGAAACAUGACGAUAGUGCGUCGGUUGCUUCCAAUAAUUCAAAAUUGUACAGUGAAAGGAGGUCUAACUCUGUACUGUCUGACUUUAAACCUUUGCCAAGUGAUGUGAUAAUAAAGAACGGUGCGGGACCACCUCAGCCGCCUAUUCGGACAACAAGUGUUAGUAGUGGUAGUGCUUCAUUGUACCAUAAACUGGUAAACAACAGAUUUGGACGUGCAUCUGGUGGUCAGUCUCUUUAUUCAGAAUCGGAGAGUGGUUCGGAGGCUGGAGAAAUUCAACGAAUAUUGCUAAACGACGAACGAAAAGAAGAAGACUGGCAAGGAGAUGGAAGAAUUGAUGGAGGGUUAUCAGACGGGGAGGCGACGCGCGCGCCUUCUCGUAACCGAUCCUCUCGGCGCGACGAUCCACGACGACAUACCUUGGCCGGAAACCACCUGUUCUUGCACCCCCACCACGCUUUGGAAAUUAAUCGCGAUCUUGAGCAGUAUCAACCUGCGCAGGCGCCUAAUCUUCCAGAAUACGCGACCGUCGUUAAAGAUUAUGACUCGAGACGAAAUCGGUCUUUAGAUCCGCGUUUUAGAAAGCCUCCACUGCCCCGCGGCUAUUUACCGCAAACGUUCUUCUACGACGAUGACCCGGGAGUUAUGUCUGAGGUGGAAACAUCGUCUACAGGGUUCCGGCGAGGAGGCAAGCAACGGUCUUCUCUACCGGUUGUGAGAACACCCAGCAAAACGCUCGAAAGACCUCUAGGCCUCGUAUUCCUACAAUACCGAAAUGAGACAAAACGCGCUUUGCUCCCAAACGAAAUCACUUCUCUCGAUACGGUAAAGGCACUCUUCGUUCGUAGCUUCCCCAAGCAGCUCACAAUGGACUAUCUGGACAGCCCGCUCGUGAAAAUUUACAUUCAUGACGGGUCGAAGGACAUGUUUUACGAGCUGGAAGACAUGCGUGCCCAUCUCCGAGACAUACGCGACCGAUCCGUGCUUCGUCUUUUUGAAUCCAAAGAUUUAAACGGUGGAGUGUUCCCUGGAGCCCUUGGUGUGGGUUCGGUAAGGCUGCCGGCCCUGGCAGCAACCAGCUCGUCGACUGCCAACCUCGAGGACCAAAACACUUACUUUAGUGAACCAGAGAUUGACUCUGAUCAUCUAUCACAACAUGUUCACAAGAGCAAGAGCAAACCACCUGCUUACUACAUGGGUCCUCCCGCGCCGAGCACGCUGCCUCGGGGCGGCAGCGUCCUGCGGGCCUUCUCCCCCGCGGCGCCUCCGGUGCCGGCGGACCGCGUGAAGACCAUUCCACCACCAGGUGCUCCCCCGGUCAAGCCAGUGCGGUCAUACGUGCCGGGGACGGGCUCUGAGAGGUGUUUCCCAUUCUCCGCCGGCGAUUGUCCCCGGGGUACCGAUCAACUUUACACCAUCCCCGCUCACUCCAGCGAGGGCUACAUGUCGUCCCCAGAGCGAGGCUCCGCUAGAGUGCCUUACGAAGACCCGUACUAUACGCAAUUCCUGGGCCCCGCGGCGCCCAGGCCUGCCAUCAAUCCCGUUAUUGAUGAGGAAGCUGGUGAUGCUGUCAUCAUAGACGACGCCUACCAAAUGUACGGGGUGAACGCCAUUACAACUGCGCCUCGACCAAUGCCUCGACCCCCAUAUGAUGCUAGGCUGGGUCCUCCCGUGGAUGAUAUGCAGCGUCUUCGCGUUGAGAAAAUGGAGCGGCAGCUGGCCAACCUCACUGGGCUGGUCCAGAAAGCCCUUCAGGUACCGGGAGGGCCGGCUCCUCCCGCCGUCGCUCCCCGGCAGGACUUCCAGCAACCAUCUACGAGCCGAGUGACCACCCAAGAUGCCGCACGUUUUGCCAGCAGCGAGAGACCUCCCAAAUUGGGGAGGGACAGAUUUCAGAAGUCAGUCUCUUUUGAGAAAUCGGUAUCGUUUAGCGAUGACCCACCAGACAUGAACUCUCCCAAACAACACUCGCCUCAACACUCAGCUGAUACAAAACCAACAAAACCGGCAAUCAAGUCAUCCACUUUGCCGAGGACUUCAUCACAAGAGAGAGACCGCUUGAAGCCAGCUCCGCCGCCGAAGCCAGCCGGGCUCGUGGGCCAGCCGCUCGCGCUAGUUCCACAAAAAACUUACACUGUGACAGUGACACCCGAUUUCUUCAAUCAACUACAUAUGCUCCAAAAGGAGAGCCGUGAUCUCAGGAUUGAGACUCGUAAUCUCCGCCGUACUACCUUAUCCCAUGCAAUGCAGAUGAGGCAAAUGAUGGCCGAUACUAUUGUGAAGAUCGGCACUUUGGCUGCCAGAUUCUGCGAGGAAGAUCCGGAAUCGCAACUCACUCGCGAGGAAGAAAUUUAUCGCCAGGACAUGCUGUUGCUGGAAAAUGACCUGUACGAGCUGGAGGCAACUGUGGAGCGCCUUCGCGGCCAAGCUGCUAAUAGAUUGGAAACCCGCGUUAACAUGGCGGACAUCGAACGCAUCGCCAUGGUGUUGUCCAAGAGCAGCAAGACCGUUGCUGACUGGAAGCUCAAGUUCCCUGUGCUCCAGGAGACCAUGAAGGUCAAACUUGCUGCUGAAAUGGAAAAGGUUGUCCGCAAGGAAAAGAUGCUGGAAGAGGAGCCGGAACGCCUCGAACUCGCUCUGCGCCGUUGCAAAAAAUUGACUGGCACGCUUGUGACUCUGAAGAGAUUGGCUUGCGUGCAAGAACAGCGCUUGCCGCUGAACGACGGGCGCGUGUCGCCCUCGUCCUCGCAGAGCUCCACGGCCACGGCUGGACCGUCCUCCGAGGAGUACCACUCGGAGACCCCUUGUCAUGUCACUCAACCCAACAAGGCAGCCGGCGCCGGGCGAGUGUGUACGUCCCGGGGAACGACGGACGUGCGGCCAGAGAACGCCCUCGAUGCGCUACUAGACGAGCUGCAAACGUUCGCCAAGCCUGCGGCGCGCGGCGAUGGGCCGCUGCGGCGCCUGCACUCGUACCCCAGCGGCAGCGACACGGACGCGUCGCCGCCCGUGCGCGCUCGCGGCCAGCACCCGCCGAAGCCGCCCGUGCCCGAGCGCCACCCCGAGCUGCUGGCCAUCGCCGCGCGCCGCGCGCCGCCGCCUCCGCCGCCGCGCACCACGUCGCGCUCCCCGCUCGCCUCCCCCACCUCGCCCGCCUCCCCUCCCUGCUCCGACCCCGCCGACCCCGACGACGCCCAGGCCGCGUCCCGGCAAGCCCUCCUCGAACAGCGUCACCAAGAAUUACUCAAAAAACAAAAAGCUCUCCAAGAACAGUAUGCUCGCUUGCAAAUGAUACAGCGGAGCGGUCCCACGCUCCCGAUGAACGCCCAACCGGACUUAAAAAAAACGGGCAGCGAAUCCAAUCUCUUGACGAAAAUGAAUUUAAAUUUAGCUCCGGCUAGCAUAUCCGGUAGUAUGACGCAUCUAGCCGGAGACUCUGAAAGAAAAAGAGGCGAAAUUUCAUCUGAAAUGCCUCCUCAGAUCAAAGCUUGUGACGCAGUAGCGACGACUAACAAAGUUUAUGAGACUGACAUACUGUGACCGUGUAAUUGUUCCGAUAUAUCAGUUUAAAUUGUAGUUAUUUAGUGUAAUAUGUACUUAUUUGUUACAUCACACAGCACUUCCUUCGUAUGUAAGACAUUUUACAAUCGAGAACUGACCCAUUCAUCCUUGCUAGUGAUGACGCCCUCACCCCUCCCCGCUUCACUCCCGCACAUUACCAAAACGACAUGGCAAGAUAACUGGAAUUCGAUACAUUAAUUUAAAUAAAGCAUAAUAAAAAAAACAUAAAAAUAACGUAAAUCAUAACGUGGCUGUUAAUCGGUGUUUAAUCCAUAGAGUAAGAUCAAGUAGAGAUAAAAUGGUGUUUCAAAAUGUACAUUACAUAUUUUCUUAUUUUCCUUUUCUUGCCCAUACCUUUAAUUAUUAUAAAGUAAUUUAUCAAACGAGUAUCGUACUUAAAUUUCUUCUCGUACUCAUAUCGGGAGUCCUUAUAUUAAUCAUUAUGACCUGCACAUUUUUUGUAACAUUAGAGAACUUUAGGCCUAAAAUAUACAUAUUACUUAUUCGAAAUAAAUCGAUUUGCAUUUCUAUUUCACCUCUGAAUUUUGAUGCGCCAUCAUACUUCAACUCAUUAAAAUGUGUUUAAUAUGUAGAACACGUGAUCAUAUUGAUGUUGUAGAAAAAAUAAUACCUAAUAAAUAAAAUUCAUUAUUCACUAACUUACAAGUAACCUAUACCAAUCGCCUGACUAUUGUUAUAUAAAAUUUGAGAUGUUGUGUACUUCCUUUACCUAUUUGUAUUCUUUACAAUAAUUUACACUGUAUAUAGUAUUUUAGGUAUAGAUUUAACCCUAGCCAUAAAAUUUCUACCUUAACCUGUGUUGGGUAGACCUUCAUACUUAUAAAAUGUGCCAAAUUGAUUUUUUCUUUGGAAACUUUUUCAAUAAUUUAAUUAUUUGGAUAUCAUUUUCUACUUACAGCCGCUUUAAAAAAAAUAUUUAAUACUUUUAUGACGCAUAACUGAUUACCUAUGCAAUCAUUUGAUAGGUACCUAUACAUAUUAAGCAUCCAUAAGUACCUAGAAAUAUUUUAUAUCCAACGAUUAGUUAUAUUUUUAACACGCUUUUAUUACCUUCACCUGUACCUUUGUAAGUUUGUAUGUUUGUUUGUAACCGCUUCCUUAAAACUCGAGUUUAAUCCACUUUAAACAGACAGAUUUAAUUCAAAAUUUUUACACUUUUCAAGGAUCGGUGAGAAUUCAAUAAUAAUUUCACGAGAUUAUCUUAUUAUUCCGAAUCAACGGCAAAAAAUAAGCGUGUUUUUUUAAGUACAUAAGAUAUUUAAUUAAAGAUAUGUUUAAAUCUUAAAUGUUUGUGUAUUUGAGAUUUAUUGAAUUUGGAUAAUAGUAUUGGAAAAAAAUGGACGAUAUCUUAUAAAAACAAAAAACCGAUUGCAAUAGAAUAACAGAAAAAUCAUAGUUAAAAAAAAUACUACCUACCUAAAAAUAUCAUUAAUUUUUGUGUCAAAUUUAUAUUAUUUGAUGGGUAAGUUAACAAUAUUUUGUCUAUUGGAAUAUGCGUGUUUCAAUCACAACGAAAAUUAAAUAUUGAAAUCCAAAUCUUUAUAACUAUUUAAUAUUUUUGACGGUUCAAUCGGUUACCUAUUUACUCUGUAAAAAUAAAAUGACCUAUAUACGUAAAUUUAACAUUACGCACUAUACACUUUAUUUAUAUUAAAAUAUAUAUAUGGAUUUUUGGUUUGCAUAUUUGGCAAUAUUUAUUACACAUUAAAUAUGUAUAAAUAUUUAUUUAUCAUUGUUAUUUUGGCAUGUGCCCGUUUAUGUUAUGAAUUAUCUGUGAUAAAUGGAAAGUUACCUAAAAUGCAUCAUAGUUAAACGUUCUGAUUAGUUUUUUUAAAAGUAUUAUCUUCUUUCCUAGUAACUAUUAUAAUCAAUACGUAAGAAAUAUAACGGACAUCGAUUUUCAACUAAAUAUGCAUACUCGCUCUUGAAAUCCGUCAAUGAUAAUAAAUAGCAUAGUCGAAAAGGUCAUUAAACGUUACUCUCGACAUGCCAAUAAAUGAUAAUGUUGUAUUAAGCUAUGUGUUAAUAUAUUCUUAUUUUUAGACUUGAAAUAUUUCAGCAUUAGCAUUGUAUAGCGUCAGGUUACACUAUACUAGGGAUAGGGAUAUAUUUAAACGAUGAGAAUUGGCGCUUCUUGAUGUUCGUUGGCGAGGCACGAUAGCGCUCUAGACAAAUUCUCUUUGGUAUAUUUAUCGAGCACAAAACUUAUGAAGCACUUAGAAUUAAUUUAUGGAAUAUAAAACAAUGAAACUAAAUGAAUGUAUCUUAUAUUGUUUUUAGGCACGUCGUGUAACAAAAUGUGUUCAAUGUUUUAAAUAUCUAGUUUAUCGUGAAGCUUUGGAAGCAACUCUCGGUGCUUUUAUAUAAAUAUUUUCACGUACACCUUAGUAUUUUCUGUUGAUACGAUUGUUUGUGAUUACUGAUUUAUCAUACAUUGUUUCACGUUAUUUUGUAGAGUCAAUGGUGGGAUAGAAUAAUCAAGCAAACAUAUUCUUUGGAUGUUUCUCAUAGCGUACUACUUUAUCUACGGAAGUGCCUUUUGUUGCUCACGUUGUCGAACCUUCUGCACUAGUGAUGAGUUUCAUAUAUAUUUUACAAUGUAUGAUUUAUCGUAAUAUAAUUAUAAUACUAGCGCAAAUGUUAAGAUAUUAUUUUUUAUUUGUCAUGUUUAUAAUCGAUUAUACUUAGUAAUUGCAUAAUCAGGGUAAUUGUCGUUUUUGUUAAGCGCCUUGAUGAAGUUAUCUUAUUUGUGUGUACCUACUUAAUGAAUAGGUAUACACCUGAUGUCACAAAUAUGCCUCAAUGCAUACUUAUUUUGAGCGAGUUAUAGGUGUAUUAAAUACAGUAUUUAAACCUUAUUAAUUAAUAAUUUCAUACGUGUGUAAGUACCUAUACCAUAGUUUAUACAUUUAAUUAGUAAUUUCUAUGAAUUUGUUUUUAAUAUGUUAUAUUUACAAUCAAUGGUCGUGUUAAACAUUGUGUAUUCUAGAAUUUUUUUAUAUAUAAUGUGCAAGGGCGUCCAAAAUAUCAAUGUUAUUGUCGCUUAACUAAUAGUUAGUUAAUUAUUAUUGGUAUUUUAUUAUUUGAUUGAUUGAUUUAUUAAGAGAAUUUUGUGGUUUUGUUCGAUGGUCACUAUAUUAUAUAUUAUGUACAUUGUAAACCUAAAAAUUAAACGAGGUUGUCCGAGAGCUUAGUUCUGAUUAAUGUAUAAAGAUAAACUGAAUAUGGAUAGAGCAAUUAUAGUUAAAAGGUUUUUCAUUCUGAUUAUAAAAGAAAUCAUUUCAAUCAUCUGUAUUACAUUUGUGACGUGCCAAAUUACCAUAAUAGGUACCUAUAAUAAAAGAAGGUACUUUGUGUACCCAAGCUUUUUAGCUACAAGCUUAUUCCAUGCAAAAAUUAAAAUAAUUUCAUUGAUUGUUAAAAAAUACGUUAUUAUUGUGACUUAUUUAUUUUGUAACAUUUCAUGUUAAUAAAUAGGUUUACUAAUAGCUUGAAAUGUUUUAAAAUGAAAAUAAUAAAUAUAUACACAUCAA